UUGGUUGACGGUGGCCAUGUUUGUAUUUCCAGCUGGUAGAUGCGGGCUAGCUAGCCGGUUAGCUACCGCUGCAUUUGGCUCUUUCUUCGGGGUGAAACAUUGAAGAAAGGCCGUGCCACCCCGUUAACACUGGCUUAUCUGACAGUCGCAAUGCCGGUCCACUCGCGGGAGAAGAAAGAAAGCAACCACGAAGAAAUGGAGGUGGACUUUCCCGAGCAAGACGGCAGCACCACAGACGAGGAGGAUACCGUUAGCUCGUCCGUGUCUGAAGAUGGAGACAGCUCGGAGAUGGACGAUGAAGACUGUGAGAGGAGGAGGAUGGAGUGCCUGGAUGAGAUGACCACACUGGAGAAGCAGUUCACUGACCUGAAGGAACAGUUGUAUAAGGAGCGUUUGAGCCAGGUGGACAUCAAGCUCCAGGAGGUCAUGGCCGGUUGUGCCCAAGAGUAUCUGGAACCUUUAGCCAACCUGCAGGAGAACAUGCAGAUCAGGACCAAAGUGGCCGGGAUCUACAGGGAGCUGUGCUUGGAGUCAGUAAAGAACAAAUACGAGUGUGAGAUCCAAGCAGCGUGCCAGCACUGGGAGAGUGAGAAGUUGCUGCUGUUUGAUACUGUGCAGAGUGAGUUGGAGGAAAAGAUCAGAAGACUGGAGGAAGACAGGCACAGUAUCGACAUUACCUCAGAGUUGUGGAAUGAUGGAUUGCACUCACGGAAGAACAAGAAAAAGGACCCGUUCUGCCCGGUCAAGAAGAAGAAGCCCGUUGUUGUUUCUGGGCCUUAUAUUGUUUACAUGCUGCAAGACCUGGAUAUCCUUGAAGACUGGACUGCAAUAAGAAAGGCAAUGGCAUCACUGGGGCCCCACAGGGUGAAGGUGGAUGUGCCUGCAGUAAAGCCUGACAGACAUCACCACGUGGCACGCUCCGAGGACGGUCGACUUUUCUAUGACAACCAGUGGUACUCCAGGGGACAGGCCAUCUGUAUCAACAGGAAGGACGAGUACCCAACUAGUGCCAUCAUCACCACCAUCAACAAUGAUGAGGUGUGGUUCAAACGACUGGAUGGUACCAAGUCAAAGCUGUACAUCUCCCAGCUGCAGAAAGGCAAAUACACAAUCAAACACUCGUAAAUGAAAAACACGGCCACAUACAAAAACCAUCAUCUCUGCUGCGUUUGUCUUUCUCAGUGUCCUUUUCCAUGUGGUAUUUUUGUACAUUUUACUACUACUGCAACACACAUACACAUCUCAUUUCACUCCCUCUGUGCACAAGUUGCAAAUACAUAAACUGACCCUUCUGCUAUAAGGAGACGAUCUUCUCUGUAAAUAUGUAUAUGUAUCUUAUCGACAAGGUCACAAAGUGUCAUUUUCUCUGGAACGGAGAUCAAUGCAAAGUGCUGCUAAACAGAAAGGUGAAGAACCAGAGCAUUAGCAAACUGUGAACCACAGAGCUCAGUCGCGUGCCUUUCUGAGACUAGACAAUGCCUCGGCUGAUGGAGGGGUUUUGGGGGGGGGGACAGAAAGUCCUGAACAAUAUCAACGCAGUGAAGCCAUACUCUGUACUGGGUUAGCACCAGGAGCGGGAGAAAUGAAGCGGGUCAGCGAAUGUGUGAGUGAGAAACACUAACGCCAUCAGCAGUGUGUUUGAUUUGCCUCUCCAGACGCACCAGUUACACUUGAAUUUCAUGCUCGUACAGAGCCUGAUAGAUCUGUAUUGGGAUCCCCAGGGACCCCAGACCAACUUUAAUUUAGUUUAAAAAGUGCAACAGAAUCAAUAUUAUGUGAGUAGUUAUAUUAUGAACACCAUGAGAUUAAAGCACCCCAGAGGAUUUAUUGAAGGGCACUGUACUAAACAAACUCUUGGUCUUUUAGGAUUAUCUUUUUUUCCAGCACUACAUUUUAUUUAACUCCAAAGUAGGGCUGCC